AUGACCGUCCCGUUGCUGAAGAUCGGUGCGGUGCUGAGCACCAUGGCCAUGGUCACGAACUGGAUGUCCCAGACCCUGCCCUCUUUAGUGGGGCUCAACGGCACCACCCUGUCCAGCGGGGGCACGUCCGAAAAGAUCGUGAGCGCACUGUAUCCCAGUUCAGAGGAGGGCUGGCAGAUCUAUAGCUCUGCCCAGGAUGUGGACGGGAAGUGCGUGUGCACUGUGGUGGCACCAGCGCAGAACAUGUGUAACCGUGACGCCCGCAGCAAGCAGCUCCGCCUGCUCAUGGAGAAGGUCCAGAACAUAACUCAGUCCAUGGAGGUGCUGGACCUGAGGACGUACAGGGACCUGCAGUACGUCCGCAACACAGAGUCCCUCAUGAAGACCGUGGACAGCAGACUGAAAAUGGCCUCAGACAACCCCAGAUCCCUCAACCCCAAGAGCUUUCAGGAGCUGAAGGACAAGGUGACUCAGCUGCUCCCCCUGCUGCCUGUGUUGGAGCAAUACAAGUCAGACGCGCGCAUGCUUGGGAGGCUGAAGGAGGAGGUGCGAAACCUGUCCCUGGUGCUGAUGGCCAUUCAGGAGGAGAUGGGGGCAUACGACUACGAGGAACUGAGACAAAGAGUCCUGCUGCUGGAGACCAGACUGCACUCCUGCAUGCAGAAGCUGGGCUGUGGGAAGCUGACUGGAGUGAGUAAUCCUAUCACCAUUCGCGCAUCGGGGUCAAGAUUUGGCUCCUGGAUGACUGACACCAUGAUCCCCAGCUCCGACAACAGGGUGUGGUCGAUGGAUGGGUACCUGAAGGGCCGCCGGGUGCUGGAGUACCGCACGAUGGGCGACUUCACGAAGGGCCAGAACUUCGUGCAGCACCUGCUGCCCCACCCGUGGGCGGGGACGGGCCACGUGGUCUACAACGGCUCGCUGUACUACAACAAGUACCAGAGCAACGUGGUGGUCAAGUACCACUUCCGGUCCCGCAGCGUCCUGCUGCAGCGGAGCCUGCCCUCGGCCGGCUACAACAACACCUUCCCGUACUCCUGGGGCGGCUCGUCCGACAUCGACCUGAUGGCCGACGAGAACGGCCUGUGGGCCGUCUACACCACCAUCCCCAACGCCGGCAACAUCGUCAUCAGCCGGCUGGAGCCGCAGAGCCUGGAGGUGCUGCAGACCUGGGACACGGGCUUCCCGAAACGCAGCGCCGGCGAGGCCUUCAUGAUCUGCGGCACGCUCUACGUCACCAACUCCCACCUGGCCGGCGCCAAGAUCUACUUCGCCUACUACACAAACUCGUCCAGCUACGAGUACACGGACAUCCCCUUCCACAACCAGUACUCGCACAUCUCCAUGCUGGACUACAACCCCCGCGAGAGGGUGCUGUACACCUGGAACAACGGGCACCAGGUGCUCUACAACGUCACCCUCUUCCACGUCAUCAAGACCUCCGGAGAUUAGCCUAAAAGGAAAGAGGAACGCCAUUAAAAAAUUAUUAUUAUAAUAAAAAAAGAAAGAAAAUAAAUGGACACUGUGGAGAUUUUGGGGGGGGGGAAACGGGAUUUUUUUUCUUGUUUUUUUUUUUGUUUUUUUUACGUUGGGAAUCUUCAUAGAGUGCUACAUUAUGAUUAUAUGUUAUUUUACAGAGAUUAUUAACACCCCACGAUGAGGUCGGGAGAGGCAAAAAAAAUCAAGAUGUUAAGGUUGAUCUUUUUAGUUUACUUUCUGUGGUGAGUGAGCAUGGUGAUUUUUAUUCGUGAUAAGAAAUAAAUGUAAAACUUUACCAUUUAAAAAAACAA